AUGGCUGGGGAUUUUAAUGAACUCUGGUGUAGGGCAGACAAAUCUAGUGGAGUACCACCUGCUGCUGCUGCAAUAAAUCUCUUUCAGAGAACUAUGAUCGAUGUUGGUCUAUUGGAGAUGGGAUUUAUAGGCUGUCGGUAUACGUGGUCGAACAAGUAUAUGAAAGAACGAUUGGACAGGGGCUUCCAGUCGUUACAGUGGAGAGAUCUUUAUCCCUUCAGUCGUGUUAUCACACUGCCCCCCUCAGAGUCCGAUCACAAUCCUCUGUUGGUGGAAGUAAGAACUGAAAGUUAUUCUCCUAGGAGAAGCCCCAAGAGAUUCUGUUUUGAAGAAGAGUGGUUUGAACAUAAUCAAUGUACUGAGAUUAUACAAAGAAACUGGUCGUUGCCCCUUACUGGGAACCUAUUGCAUCAAAUUGGUACCCAAAUUCACAAUGCCGGCAAGCAACUGCCACAUUGGCACAUGAUUGAUGUGCAGAAACAAAGGGCUGAAUUGAAGGAGGUGCAGGAGAAAUUGUUUGACAUUAUGAAACAGCCGUACUUAGCAGACCAAUAUGAAGAACAACGUAGGCUCCAUGUUUUCACCACUGCAAAUGUUGAUGAUGAGGCUAUCUCCACCAUUUUCAGAGCAACACCAAUGCGAGUUACUUCAGCCAUGAAUAAUGAUCUUAACUUGCCCUACUUUGAUGAAGAGAUCAAAGCGGCUCUAUUUCAAAAGCACCCAGCGAAAAGUCCGGGACCGGAUGCUAUCCGGAAUUUCUUGGAAAAAGGUGAAAUUUGGGAGGAGUCAAAUUUUACUCAUAUCUGCUUGAUCCCAAAGAUUCCAAAUCUAACAGAAGCAACUCAUUUUCGCCCUAUAGCUCUUAGCAAUGUCAUUUACAGGAUUUGUUCCAAGGUUUUGGCUAACAGACUCAAGAAGUGGUUGCCAGAAAUCAUAUCUCCUUUGCAAAGUGCCUAUGUUCCUGGCAGAUUAAUUUCAGAUAAUACAUUGGUUGCUACUGAGGUAGCACAUUUCAUGCAUAAGCUCCGGUCUCAAGAAGAAAGCUUCUUCUCACUCAAGCUUGAUAUUAGCAAAGCUUAUGACAGACUUGAAUGGUCCUUUUUACAAACUAUUCUCUCAAAAUUUUUACAAUGGAUCAAUAUGGUGAUGAAAUGUGUAACCUCUAUAAGCUAUGCAAUUUUGGUGAAUGGUGAAACAACUAAAACAAUUACUCCUACUAGGGGUAUUAGACAAGGUGAUCCACUCUCACCCUAUCUAUUCAUUUUAUGUGCUGAAGGUUUAUCUGCUUUAAUUUCUCAAGCAGUUCAGUAUGGCAAUAUUAAAGGGCUAAAGAUGAGCCCACAAGCACCAGUGCUGCAUCAUCUCUUCUUUGCUGAUGAUAGCCUCAUUUUUGGAGCAGCCACUAUGGAGGAAUGCAUGUCUAUCAAGCACAUUCUUGAUGUAUAUGAAAAAGCUUCAGGACAGAAGGUAAAUUUUACUAAAAGUAGUGUUGUCUUCAGUAAGAAUGUUCAGCCUCACUUAAAAGCAGCCUUGUCUUCGGUGUUGAAUGUCAAAUGUGUUGAAAAACAUGACCGGUACCUUAGACUACCAUUGCGGGUGGGUAAGUCUAAAACUGAGAGAUUUCAGUACUUGAAAGAGAAAGUCUCAAAAAAGCUAGUGAACUGGAAAGCCAAAAUUCUUAGUUGUGCUUGGAAAGAAAUUCUUAUCAAGGCUGUUGCACAAGUUAUGCCCACUUAUGCCAGGAAUUGUUAUCUCCUUCCUAAAAGCUUAUGUGAUGACAUCCAUCAGCUUUGUGCCUCUUUCUUCUGGGGGGACAUGGAAGGCAAAAGGAAAAUCCAUUGGAGAAGUUGGGAAAGGUUGUGUUUAACGAAACAUGAAGGCGGCAUGGGUUUCAAGAAUAUUUAUGCGUACAAUAUGGCUAUGUUGGCCAAACAGGGCUGGAGGAUCCUCACUAAUCCUAGCUCUUUGAUAGCUCAAGUGUACAAAGCUCGUUACUUUCCAAAUUGUUCUUUUUGGGAGGCUGGUUUGAGUGAUGCGCCAUCAUACUCUUGGAGGAGUAUACUUGAAAGUAGACCACUUCUAAAAGCAAGAACUACUUGGAGAAUUGGUGAUGGAACACAGGUCAAUAUUUGGAAUGAUCAAUGGGUACCUAACUGCCCACGAUAUAUGGUUCAAAGACCAACAAAUAUUGUUUUUGAUAGUGUUGCUGAGUUGAUCAACCCUCAGACGAGAACUUGGAACUUAACGUCCGUACAUGCUGCAUUCCUACCUAGUGUAUCCGAACAUAUUUUGUGCAUCCCACUGAGUAAACGUCCUAUGCCUGAUAGGUUGGAUUGGGGGCCUGAAAAAUGUGGUAAUUUCACCGUGAAGAGUGCCUACUGGAUAACACGACAACAAGUGUUAGGUAAUGCCCUAGCCUCAUCUUCAUCUGGUGAUCCUUUUAAAGAACUUUGGAAACACCUCUGGAAGGCUAGAGUUCCUGGAAAAGUUCUUAUAUGUGCAUGGAGGGCUUGUAACAACUUACUCUCCACAAGGGAGCAACUACUCCGUAAGGGUCCAUCUUUUUCUUUACAGCAUACUAUUCUACCUAACAUGCACUUCAAGGAGUGGAUGCUUGAGCAAGCCCUUAAUCUCAAACCUGAAUUCCUUACAUGGCUUGAUGAAUUCCAAAGAGCUAGGAAAAGUGAUAAGUUACCGGUCCAAAGAGGUGCAAAGAUAUGGCAUGCGGCUACAACAUCUAAGCUCAACGUUGAUAGAGCUUUUAUACCACAAGAAUCACAUGGUGGAACUGGAGGAGUGUUAUGGAGCUCUUGUGGGACUUUCCAAGCUGCCUUCACACAACCAGUCUAUUAUGUCAACUCAGCACAUCAAGUUGAAUUAUUAGCUAUCAAGGAAGGCUAG